UCACGGGAGAGCGAGAGAAAAAUUGGGGUUCCGAGCAGCCCUGAUCCUCCUCCUCCCCUUCUCAUUUCCCAUGAAAAGGGCUUCGGCGUUUCUCAGGACGGUUAUUUGAUUGGGUUUUUCUUCCAUCCGAACAGGCGGGUUCGUUUUGGAAAAGGAAAGAAAAAUAAAAAGGAGAGCAAGACCUUCUCUCAUGUGUUUGGUCACAAUCAUCUUUUGUCUCUCUCAUCUCCUCCCCCUUUUACACACACACACUCUAUUGUUGAUUAAUCGAUUUUGUUGUCCUUUGAUUUUCACUUUUUCCUUUCACUCUUCUUAUUCUGGAGAACAAAUGUCUCGCGUCAUGAUGAUCCCCCUCCCCGCUUUUUUUUGGCUCUCGCAGGAAGCUUCUUGUGACUUGGAUUACGCUCGUUGGGCAUCGGCUACAUCGUUUCAUCUUUUAUCUUUUCGGUUCCCUCUCCCUCCGUUCACUUACUUCUUAGAAAUGAAAGAAACUUUACACACCAUUUCAACCUCUCCCUCUCUCGCGCGCUCUCUCUUCUCUAUGAAACCUUUGAAAACAGUCAUCACGGACCGGGCUGCCACACGCGUCAUAGAAACUGUCUGUGUAGUGCCGUGGUGGGCAAACGAGACAUCCAACUUCAAAUCCAUUUCUUUCGAGAAAGAAAAAAAGGGAAAGAGGCGAACGUUCACACUACAUGUCGAUUUGAUCUUCCUCGCUGCGAUCUCUAUCGACAUCACCUCCUGCGCUCCCCUGGGUUUUACAGAAGAUCAGAGAGAGAGAGAGAGAGAGAGAUGGAUGAUCGAGUGGAACAUAAGAAGGAGGGAAUCCCAGCCCUCCUAUGAUCGACCCAUAGAUAUCAAUUUGUGAUUGUAAACAUGAUCGUUUGACAAAACAUGUCCGUUCCGUCCCGGAUGCCGUGCCCUCCCCGUCGUCCUGAUAGAUGACAUAAAAGCCUCCUUCCCACGACCCACGUUGGGGCGAUGCAGGAAGAAGAAGAAGAAUAGAAUUCCCACCCAUGAAAAGAAGAAAGCC